AUGGUGGUGAAUAGACGCGUCGCACAGGCUGCCUUGCUCGUCGGCUUCGAUGGCGUUGCGAGAAGAGGCCAGGUAAAGGUGUUGGAACCACUUCGGGAGCUACGCAACCGUCGAGUGCAACCACGGAAUCGCGCACUUGAGAUUGGCGCCGCGCUUCGGAGGGGAUUUGUCUUGGUUCACGUGCUGCUACACCUUCACAUCGACUUGGGUGUGUCGGAGCCAACAAUGCAGGGCGAGAGGAAGGAGAAUUGCUGA